GCGCUGAGGGCCGCGCAGGGCGAGCGCACCUGGCCUCCGCGACCGCUGGAGCGGUGCGGCGCGUCCGCCCCGGAGGAUUGGGGAUCGCGGCCCGUGGCCGGUCCCAUCGCGUCCCGGUGUGCGCAGAACUGGGAGCGGCUUGGCCAUGGCCAUGGCCCGGUCCAGGAGGGACUCCGUGUGGAAGUACUGUUGGGGACUUUUGAUGGUUUUAUGCAGAACUGCGAUCUCCAGAUCGAUAGUUUUAGAGCCUAUCUACUGGAAUUCCUCGAACUCCAAAUUUCUACCCGGACAAGGCCUGGUACUAUACCCACAGAUAGGAGACAAAUUGGAUAUUAUUUGCCCCAAAGUGGACUCUAAAACUGUUGGCCAGUAUGAAUAUUAUAAAGUUUAUAUGGUUGAUAAAGAUCAAGCAGACAGAUGCACUAUUAAGAAGGAAAACACGCCCCUGCUCAACUGUGCCAAACCAGACCAAGAUGUGAAAUUCACCAUCAAGUUUCAAGAAUUCAGCCCUAACCUCUGGGGUCUAGAAUUUCAGAAGAACAAAGAUUACUACAUUAUAUCUACAUCAAAUGGGUCUUUGGAGGGCCUGGAUAACCAGGAGGGAGGGGUGUGCCAGACAAGAGCCAUGAAGAUCCUCAUGAAAGUUGGACAAGAUGCAAGUUCUGCUGGAUCAACCAGGAACAAUGAUCCAACGAGACGUCCGGAGCUAGAAGCUGGUACAAACGGGAGAAGUUCAACUACAAGUCCUUUUGUGAAACCAAACCCAGGUUCCUCCAGCACCGACGGCAACAGCGCGGGGCAUUCCGGGAACAACCUCCUGGGUUCCGAAGUGGCCUUAUUCGCAGGGAUCGCAUCAGGAUGCAUUAUCUUCAUCGUCAUCAUCAUCACCUUGGUGGUACUGCUGCUCAAGUACCGCAGGAGGCACCGCAAACACUCUCCACAGCACACGACCACGCUGUCACUCAGCACACUGGCCACACCCAAGCGAGGUGGCAACAAUAACGGCUCGGAACCCAGUGACGUUAUCAUACCGCUAAGGACUGCAGACAGCGUCUUCUGCCCGCACUAUGAGAAGGUCAGCGGGGACUAUGGGCACCCAGUGUACAUCGUGCAGGAGAUGCCCCCACAGAGUCCUGCCAACAUUUACUACAAGGUCUGAGGCCUGGGACCUGCGCCUGCCUCCCAAGGGAACUCGCGCCUUGUUGUUGGGCGCGCAGGGACUUCCUGAGCCUUGGCUGUGGGGGCGGGAUGCCUCCUGGAAGAGCCUGGAGCUGGACAGUUUUGUAGUCUGUAGCUUUUCCGGCCUUGGGGAACCACAGACCCUCCCCCGGAAGCUGGAAGACUGCUAGGAGAUCCCCACUUGGACUGCCGCGUUCCCGCGCGGACCUCCAAGCCAUGCACCCAGCUGCCACUGAGGCCUCUGCAGAGCCCAGGGAGGACACGGUGGGCUGUGGAUGACGCAGCAGCAUCUUAGGAGAAGGUUGUGCACCAGGCCGGCCUCUGCCUCCCAGUUUCCUGCCGUGCACACUGGACUUACCACUCGGACCUCGGGCUCAGUAAGGUUUUUCAAAGAUCUCUAGCGUUUAGUCCUCACUCUUCUUCAUUCCUGUUGCCAGGGCUCUCCUGGCACCUCCCCAGCCCCUCACUCCACAUCCUGCAUCUCUACGGGACACUCGCCACAGAGUCCCAGCCCCACCCUUGACACCAAGAUCCAAUGAGAUGGGUAUUAGGUACAGAAUCCUGCUUUCCUGGAGGCCGGGUCAGCCGGGAGGCCUGGGGGGGUGUGGAGGAGUGAGUGUGGAAGGUAGGGCUGCCACCACAGGUCAAGGCUGCUGCCCCUGGGGCAUGGUGGGGGGAGCGAGAGGGAAACGAGGCCGGUGGGAGACAGACAGACAGACAGACAGACAGACCGUGGUGAGUGGUGGGGAGCUCACUAUCACACAGCUAUGCAGCAGGGAAUCACAAAGUCCCUCUCCUGCAGUGGAACAAAAGGUCCCUUGUGGAGGGACCAGCGAGAGCAGGGAGGGAGAGGACAGGCCCCUGGCGACGCGCUGGGGCAGGACUGUUGAGGUACUGGCAAUAAAAAGCGCAGCCCUGGAGCUGUGGGAGAGAGUCCGUCUGCUUUGGGAGAUGUUUUAAGCAGACUCAGCUGCUAUGUUAUCACAUUUUUUUAUUAAACACAGGGAAAGCAUUUUAGGAGAAUAGCAGAGAGCCAAAUCUGACCUAGAAGUUGAAAAGCCAAAGGUCAAACAGGCUGUAAGUCCAUCACCACCGAGGUUAUUGGGGAAUUCUCAUUAGGAAAGUUAGGUCGGAUCCCCCGGUCCCCGUAAGUGCCCCUCCCCCUCCCCGAUUGAGCCUUACACUUUGGUUUUUGGUUUAUGGCCGCGCUGUCCGGGCUGUGAGGCUGUACCCGGGCUCCAUGUCAAAGCGAAGCUCGCGUGGCCCACCUCUAAGAGUCCUUACGAUGGAAGUAAGUUAUGAUGUCGAGGGGAAGGCGGGAGAUGGGACAUAUUUAUAAUAGGUGUACAGAACACAAGGGAUAUAAAAUGAGAGAUUUCUACUAAUAUAUAUUUUAAGAUUACACACAAUACACACCCGGAGAUGUGGAAUUCAUUUGUUACGGCGAUUAAAGCGACCCCCGGCCCUUUAGUGCUUUACAGAGUAAGCGAUUGGCUAGCUAACUUCCGAGAGAAGCUGCAUCGCCCCAAAAUGUUAUCAACAAUGAGAGAAGUAUCCGUAAUGAGAGCAAAUGACAAAAAUAGCCAAGUCCCCGUGGACAUCUCACAGAUCUGUAGACCAGGCAUGCCAGCCCCCAAACACCAGGACACCGAUGUGACUGCGCCCUGUGUCAGACAGUGACAAGACGUGCUGGCACUUACUCUCUGUUGGGUUUUCCCUUGCCCUGUGGGCUGAAGUGUUCUCUGGAACCCAGCAGGUCACACUGAGGGGGUGACAGUUGAAAGUUUAGCUGUGGGUGCCGCCUCCUCUCCUGCCCUUAUCCCUGCCCUUCCAGAAGAAUAAACAGGAAGCAGGAAGCCUACUUUUUUUUUUUUUUUAUGUGCUAUGCAAAAUAGACAUCUUUAAGAGUCCUGUUACUAUGGUAACAUUUUGCUUUCUGAAUUGGGAGGAAAAAAAAAUCGUAAUGACAGCAUUUGAAGGUUCUCAGACCUCCAGUGAGUACCUGCAAAAAUGAGUUGUCACAGAAAUUAUUCCCUACUUCCCAAACCUGAAAAAAAUGAUGUUGGUUCAAUGUAUGUGUAUGUGUGAGUGGGUGUGUGGUACACGUGUGUACAUAUAUGUAUAAUAUAUAUCUCCAGUAUAUAUUAUAUAUAUCUAUAUCAUAUUUCUGUGGAGGGUUGCCAUAGUGAUCAGCCACAGUACAUAUGUAAUUCUUUCCAUCACCCCAUCCUCUCCUGUGCAUUCACACGAGAUUUCCUCGUAAGCCAUCAGAAGUUGUAGGAAGGGGGAGAGGGACGAGGAGGGAGACAUGGGAAACCGUCUGAUUUUAAUGAAAUCGAAUGUCUGUGUCAUCGGUUGGCCACAUUUUGGUUCUAAACUGUGAAAAAUCAGAUGAACUGGUGAAGAGUUACCUGCAACCGACUGAGAAGUGUCCUGUGCGUCUGUUUUGUGUCUGGUGCAGAAAAUGACAAUCUACCAACUGUCCCCUUACCUGGAGUUGGUUCAGCUUUGGAAAGUUACUGUAAAUGCCUUGCUCGUAUUAUCGUCCCUAGUCACGUGACUUCGGCGCUUGCACCAUCCUGUCUAAGUGGAGGUACUGUAAAUAGAUAGGUUCAGAUCUUACCGUCUAUGGAUUCGGGGUGUUACAGUAGCCUUAUUCACCUUUUUAAUAAAAAUACACAUUGAAAACAAGACAGAAAAUGGCGUUUCUUACCCAGAUUGUGUACAUAGAGCAACGUUGGUUUUUUAUAAAGUCUAAGCAAGAUGUUUUGUAUAAAAUCUGAAUUUUGCAAUGUAUUUAGCUACAGCUUGUUUAACGGCAGUGUCUCCCCCUUUGCACUGUAAUGAGGAAAAAAAUGGUAUAAAAGGUUGCCAAAUUGCUGCAUAUUUGUGCCGUAAUUAUGUACCAUGAAUAUUUAUUUAAUUUCGUUGUCCAAUUUGUAAGUAACACAGUAUUAUGCUUGAGUUAUAAAUAUUUUUUUCUUUGUUUUAUUUUAAUAGCCUGUCAUAGGUUUUAAAUCUGCUUUAGUUCCACAUUGACAGUUAGCCCCAGAAAAUGAGAUCCGAGCAGUCACAUUCCACGUCUGUUUCAAACUGAAUUUGUUCUUAAAAAAAUAAAAUAUUUUUUUCCUAUGGAAAAA